AGAAUUGUAUUUUGAACACAAGGGUGAAGGCGAGAAGUCGGAACCACCGGGAGAGGAAACGAUUAACAUCAAAGAAUUACGCGGUUGCAGCAGUCAACGCCCGGGAUUCCGUUGACGGAGAGAAAGAAAGUAAUUACGCUUUAGUAAGAAGGAUAACGCCAUUUGAUUUUGGCGUGUUUUUUUUCCUCUUCGUCCCCUCGCAGAUUAGCGAAAAUAUAAUAAUUCUAGGCGUUUUCUCAUCGCAAAGAUCAAUCAUCUGCGCUUUGAGAUGGUGAAGGAAACCGAAUACUAUGACGUACUGGGUGUCAGUCCAACAGCGUCGGAAUCCGAGAUUAAGAAGGCUUAUUACAUGAAGGCACGACAAGUGCAUCCGGAUAAAAACCCAAAUGACCCUCUUGCUGCACAAAAUUUUCAGGUUUUGGGUGAGGCUUACCAAGUUCUGAGUGAUCCAACUCAAAGGCAAGCUUACGAUGCUCAUGGGAAAUCAGGAAUCUCGACUGAAGCAAUUAUUGAUCCUGCAGCAAUCUUUGCCAUGCUUUUUGGUAGUGAGCUUUUUGAGGAAUACAUAGGCCAGUUAGCCAUGGCAUCAAUGGCAUCAAUGGACAUUUUUACUGAAGGGGAACAAUUUGAUACUAAAAAGUUGCAAGAAAAAAUGAGGGUUGUUCAGAAGGAGAGAGAAGAAAAGCUUGCAGAGAUAUUGAAAAGUAGACUCAACCAAUAUGUCCAAGGAAACAAAGAGGACUUUGUUAAUCAUGCAGAAGCCGAAGUAACCCGGCUAUCCAAAGCAGCUUAUGGGGUUGAUAUGUUGAAUACCAUUGGCUACAUAUACGCAAGGCAGGCAGCAAAAGAACUAGGCAAGAAAGCAAUUUAUCUGGGUGUGCCUUUUGUAGCUGAGUGGUUUAGAAACAAAGGGCACUUUAUCAAAUCCCAAGUUACAGCGGCAACAGGGGCAAUUGCUUUGAUCCAACUGCAGGAGGACAUGAAAAAACAACUAAGUACAGAAGGGAACUAUACUGAAGAAGAGCUUGAAGAAUACAUGCAAUCUCACAAGAAACUGAUGAUUGACUCUUUGUGGAAGCUUAAUGUGGCUGACAUUGAGGCGACUCUUUCCCGCGUUUGUCAAAUGGUUCUUCAAGACAACAAUGCCAAGAAAGAAGAACUCCGAGUACGAGCAAAAGGGUUGAAAACUCUCGGCAAAAUCUUCCAGAGGGUUAAGUCAGCCAAUGAGAAUGAGAAUGAAAGUGUACUAAACAAAGCAGUACAUAAGUUGAAUGGAAGUGAAACUAGCAAUGAUGCGUGUUCUCCUAGUACCUCUCCCAAAUCUUCAAGUCCUGAUUUUUCAUCUCAUGCUGUAUCGGUAUCCCAGAGCCCCUACGUGGAGAAACCGCAAUUUGCAGGCAUGCAAUUCGACUAUAACUUCCCUAGGCCAACUGCCCCCCCAGGGGCCCAGAGACCUACUCCAACCAGCAAGGAUUGACGGAGUUUGAUACCCGUGUGCUCUUUUUUUUUUUUUUUGGUAUACACCCUAUUGUAUGUAUCGAUCUUAUUGUAUCUUGUCGGAUGUGGUACAAAAUAGAUAUGCGCUGGAGAUUGCAUCUUGUCCGCAGGGGACCACUUUGUGCAGUGUGAUAAUGCAUGUCUAAUAAUUAUUUAUAUACUUAGACGAUGAAAGAUAAUCUGGAGGUAGCGAUAUCAUUGCCAGCUGGCCGUGAUUGGCUGCCAUGUAAUUUGAUUUGUGUAUUUUGUCGGGGUGCUAGUAAUUAGGCUCCUUUUCUCCUUUCCGUUUUUUUUUUUUUUUUUUUUGGAGGUAGUUGGUUGUCCAUUUUAGUAGGGAUUCUUGUAUAAUAAGUUAAUUUAACGGAUAAUAUGAUAUAAUAUUUGG